GAGAAUUCUAGAGGGAGAAAUGAUCCUUCUAGUUCAAUGAAGAACCCGAAUCCCCUCUAUAAAAUUUCCACCACCUCAAUUGGAUUCAAUACUCGACGCUGUUCCCCGUACUCCCUUAUUCACGCGAUUGAGUUACAGUUCACCGAAAUUGAAUCCCCGCUCCGUCAUUGUUAGGGUUCUGAAGAAAUCGCGGUUCACUUAAUUGCGUCUUUAAGGAGAAAUUCAUUUCGGUUUACCUCGUUCCUGAGAGAAUGAAGAUGGAGAAUAGUUUCCCACUGAAGAUGAAGAGGAAGGACCUCGAGCAAGUGUACGAUGAGUUCUCGGAUUUUUCUCUCUCUGCCCCGGCUAGAAAAAUCCGCCGUCUGGAUGCUGAGUUGCCACCCAUAUUGGAAGACCAAGAAGAUUGCCAAGAUGUUGCCAUAGCAUAUGAGCCAUUAUCCAGCGGGCAGUCCUUCACAAGCUAUGGAGGGAGGGGUGUAGAGAUUGAGGAAUUACCGAAUGAACCUUAUAACAAGGAGACUGCUAUUGUGCUUUUCAAGCCGGAGAAUCAUCUCUUUCCCUCCCCUCAAAAUUUAUCUGUCAAGAUUGAUCCUAUGUUCAUGUAUGGGUUGAAGAAUCAAGCCCCAUGGCGAAGCCAAUUUUAUCCAAUGGCGCUGUCUGAAGCCGAUGAAGUUUUAGAAGCUAGCAACUCCAACGAGUGCCGCGCAGUAGUUCCCUGGGUGCCAUCUCAGUUCUCCACACGCGAACCUGAUGUUUCAUCUCAAACUGACACUACAGAUAUGAUGAUGGAUGCUGAAGAACCGGAAGGGGUAACAAUGGAGGUUGAAGACAACGGCGUAGCCCUGGAAGGAAAGGGUAUUGAUGCUUCGGGAAAUGAAGGGCUGCAGCAGUGGCAGCAACAGUAUUGCAUGAUCCCGCCGCAGCCUCUCCAGAAUGCAUCUCCUCCCAUCACUUGGUUCCAAUGAUAUAUAGAUGCUUAUUGCUUUGUUAAGCCUUCGGAUGACUUCUUGUAUUGUAAGGAUGAUGAGUAGUAGUGUUGUCCGCUUUGUUGUUUUAGAAGAAAAAACACAGAGUGGCGAUCUGUGCAUAAGUCUACUCAUUGAAAUGCGCCAAGGUGUUUGGCUGUGGUUCUUGGAGACAAAAGUAACCCUUUUCAUGAAAAGCUUUAAAUGCUCGCGGACUCUUUGUCGCAUGACUAACAUAAACUGUUGGGAUUAUU